AUGUCUGUGAGCAUUUGUCUGUUGCUGCAUGUGGCAUGCUAAAGCAUUUUGAAUGUUCCUGUUUCCUGUGGCUGUGUGCGUGUGUGAGUUUUGUUUUCGUUUCAUAAAUUUUAAUUUGGUUCUAAAGAAUUUUCAAAAAUGAAGGCUUCUGGUGUGCUUCGUCAAUAUAGAAUCGUUGGACGACAUUUGGUCAAUGAUAGAAAUCCAAAUCCACCAUUGUAUCGUAUGACUAUUUUCGCUCCAGAUGCUAUCAUUGCAAAAUCACGUUUUUGGUAUUUUUUGGCUCGUUUGAAGAAAAUUAAGAAAGCUAAUGGUGAAAUUGUUGAAAUCAAAGAGGUACAAGAAUCGAAUGCGGCUCUACGUGUGAAGAAUUAUGGUGUAUGGUUGCGUUAUAAUUCACGUACCGGUAGCCAUAACAUGUAUCGUGAAUAUCGUGACAUUUCUACCAACAAUGCUAUCACUGCUUGCUAUCGUGAUAUGGGUGCUCGUCAUCGUGCACGUGCCGAUUCGAUUCAAAUCAUCAAAGUUGAAGAGAUUCCGGCCAAUCAAUGCCGUCGACCACAUAUGAAACAAUUUCAUGAUUCAAAACUUAAAUUUCCGUUACCAAAUCGGGUUAGCAGAAAUUUUCAUAAAUCUCGUUUUACAACACGUGUUCCACGUGCUCGACUUUUGUAAUUUUGAAAUUGAUAUAAUGAUUUUUAAAAAAACAAAAAUAAAAUGAAUUUUUUUUCUGAUGAAAA